AUGUCGCCGGAGAAGGAUAAUCGUAUCCGACCGGAUAUAGAGACUCUUCAACCGGAAGAGCGUAUGGAUCCUUGUGGAUGUCAUCAGGCAGGCGCACAUAGAACCCAUUGCUUGGACAUGUCAGUGAAAUAG